UUAUUCUAUAGCUAUUUUUCUCUUUCCUUUUCUCUUCUGGAAUCAUCAUCAUCAUCGUCUCUCUGACUGACACUCUCUUCUUUGCCACGACGCCCGUUUAUUGUUUGUUCUCCAUUUCCGAUUCUGGGUUUUGCUGCUUCCAUCGCUAAGGCCUAAGGGUAAAUGAUUGAUUUUUUUAAGGGGGAAAAUCUACAAGAUUAGGGCACUUGCUUGUACAAGAAAUGGCUUCUGUGGGCAUUGUGCCUACUUCUGGUUUGAGAGAAUCUAGUGCUGCUGGUGUUGAUAAAUUACCUGAGGAGAUGAAUGACAUGAAAAUUAGGGAUGAAAAGGAAAUGGAGGCAACAGUGGUUGACGGAAAUGGAACAGAGACGGGUCAUAUAAUAGUGACAACUAUUGGUGGUAGAAAUGGUCCAAAACAGACAAUAAGUUAUAUGGCUGAGCGUGUGGUUGGACAUGGAUCAUUUGGAGUUGUGUUUCAGGCAAAGUGCUUAGAGACAGGUGAAACUGUUGCUAUAAAGAAGGUUCUUCAAGAUAAGAGGUACAAGAACCGUGAGCUACAAACAAUGCAUCUUCUUGACCACCCAAACGUUGUAGCUUUGAAGCAUUGCUUCUUUUCAACCUCCAAAAAGGAUGAACUGUAUCUUAAUUUGGUGCUUGAAUAUGUACCUGAAACUGUUCACCGUGUGAUCAAGCACUACAACAAGUUGAACCAAAGGAUGCCGUUGAUAUAUGUCAAGCUUUAUACAUACCAGAUUUUUAGGUCAUUGUCUUACAUCCAUCGCUGUAUUGGAGUGUGUCAUCGGGACAUUAAACCUCAAAAUCUUUUGGUAAAUCCACAUACUCAUCAGGUUAAACUAUGUGAUUUUGGAAGCGCAAAAGUGUUGGUGAAAGGUGAACCAAACAUUUCCUACAUCUGCUCAAGGUAUUAUAGACCGCCAGAGCUUAUAUUUGGAGCAACUGAGUAUACUACAGCAAUUGACAUCUGGUCUGCUGGCUGUGUCCUUGGAGAGCUUCUACUUGGACAGCCUCUAUUUCCUGGUGAGAGUGGAGUUGACCAGCUUGUGGAGAUAAUCAAGGUUUUGGGCACUCCAACACGAGAAGAAGUUAAAUGCAUGAACCCUAAGUAUACAGAGUUUAAAUUUCCUCAGAUUAAAGCUCACCCAUGGCAUAAGAUAUUCCAUAAGCGCAUGCCUCCUGAAGCAGUUGGUUUGGUCUCAAGGUUACUGCAGUACUCGCCUAACCUUCGUUGCACUGCUUUAGAUGCCUUAAUCCAUCCUUUCUUUGAUGAGCUACGUGACCCGAACACUCGCUUGCCAAAUGGACGUUUCCUUCCACCACUUUUUAACUUCAAAUCUAAUGAACUUAAGGGGGUGCCAGUAGAGAUUUUGGUCAAGUUAAUUCCAGAGCAUGCGAGAAAGCAAUGUCCGUUUCUUGGCUUAUGAGUUGAUGUGAAAUUGUAACAAACUAGCAAGUGUUGUGUAUCCUAUCGAAGCUUUGCUGUUUCUCUACGUAUGCUAUUAUACUUGUUUUUGACAUGUUAGCCUGUUAUGUAAAAGCAAAUCUGGAGACAUGAUCCUUUCUGGAACCCCACCCUGUUACCAUAUCGCAACAGAUUGUAACAUCCAUAGCCGUAGCCAGAGGAGCAUCGGACAUUUUAGCUUGAUGUUUUGUAAGAGGACAAGGGUAUUGGUAUUUAAUUGAAUGUGUAUGUGUUGUGCCCUUCUAGGCAGCUAAAC